GUCCGCGACAUUCCUAAGACACUCCGCGACACAAUAACUUCAACCCCACAAACUGUCCUUACUCUCAACACUGAUUCCUGCACUAAGGCGAUUCACACAUAACUUGAGUUCGAGUGCCAGAAAACAUACUUAGGCAAUGGCAUCAUCGAUUGAAGAGGAAAGUCCACCACCCGUACCCCCGAAACCCACACAACACGUCGCCAGUGAGGCAGAAAGCUGCCCUACAUGUGGCGACAGUGUGCCCUCAGAUAUCCACGAUCUUGAAGACGCGAAGAGGAGGAUUAUGGAGCUGGAGGCGCAGGUGCAGUUCCUGAAGGAGAAGGCGACUGCUGCUGUAUACAAAUAUGCCGACUAUGAAGAUCAGAUACGAGCCCUCAAAGGCGUCUCGACCCCUAUGAAGCUCCCGCGCUCCUACACAGCUCCAACCCUCGAACUUUCACAACCCUCGACCGAUGAUCCACGCCCUACAACCCCCAGCUCAGGAGCACAGGCACAGUCACGCUUCUCCUUCUUCACUAACCGUCGUCCCUUGACCAAUAACGCGAUGCCGCUACUUUCCUCUCCGCCACCCGACACCGACCUCCUGAAUGAGUUGGAACGCGAACGUGCGCUACGCACAAAGGCAGAAGACAGGGCACGCACAAUCGACCUGGAGAUUGAGGAGCUGAGCGUGACGCUAUUCUCGCAGGCGAAUGAAAUGGUGGCUGAAGAGCGUAGAGCGAGGGCGAAACUGGAAGAGAGAAUCGAGAUGUUGGAGAAAAAGGAUAAAGACAAGGCGGGAAGGUUGGAGCGCUUAGAGAAGGCUGUUGCCAGAGUCGCACGCGUAAAGGUCAUACUGGAAGAGCCAGAUAAGACCGUGUCUAACACGUCGGAUGUGAUGUCUACUAUUUUGGCUCCACCGAUACAGGUAUGACGACUUGCCAAUAUGUUUCUCCCCUGGCAGGGUAAUCUGGGAUCCGCUAUUUGUUAUUUGUUUUUCUUUUCGUCUCGCAAUUUCCCUUCUUGAGAUACCCCUAUUUUGUGUUUUUAUAUUUCUUCUGCAUUGGGACAGGCGCAAGUCAUGGGUUGACAGCAUUUGAGUCGGUAUCUGUUGUAUUUUGGAACUAUAUGAAGUCGAAUUUGCAUUGUUUUAUCAUGCGACAUGGGCUUGCACGUCAGUUAGAAGAUCUAGACAUGUGUAACGUAUAAAUGCAGCAG